AUGGCCGGAGACGAUGAACGCUCGGGUGAGCGGAGGGGCGAGGAGCGGAGGUACGGACGGACCCGCUCCCGGUCGAGGUCGAGAUCGAGGUCGCCGAGGCGGCACCGGGAGGAAGUGAGGCGGAGAUCGCCUGUCGGCGAGGGCGGUUCGCGUCGGGAGCGGAGGGCGAGAUCACCUCGUGGAAACCGCGGCGGCCGCGACGACGACCCGGAGGAUCGGGAUUCGAGACAUAAGCAUCGACGGCAUCAUCACCAUCAUCGUCGGCACCGGGAUAGUCCCCGUGAUACUGCCGGCGGCACUGCUUCGAAAGAGAAGAAGGCGGCGACGGCGGCGGCGGUCUCGUUGCCGUACGAGGCGCGGCAGCUGGGCAAGUCGGAGAUGGAGGUGUUUCGGCCGCUGUUGGCGUAUUACCUCGAUUUGCAGAAGCAAAAGGACAUUCGCGAGAUGGACGAGAGGGAGGUGAGGGGUCGGUGGAAGAGUUUUGUGGGGAAGUGGAAUCGCGGGGAGCUGUCGCAGGGGUGGUAUGAUCCCGAGAUGUUUGUGUCUGCCAAGGAAAGGGCUCUCGAGGUUGGGAUUGAGGGGGUUGCUUCGCGGGGGGAUGGGGGUACGGGGCUGGAGGUGGUGGGGAGGAGUGAGGAGAGAGAGUAUGGCGGGGAGAGGACUGAUGAUGAGGAAGAAGAGGAUCGUCGCAAUGGUGAGGAUGAUGGCGAUGACGACGAUGAUGAUCUUGGACCGAGGUUACCGCCCACGCGCGGCACCGGCCAGCGUUCCGGCCCCGGGAUCCCCAACAUGGCAGACCUCUCCCUCCAACGCGAGACCCUCGCCGAAGACGCAGUGCGCGACCGCUCGGCGGCGGCCACGGACCUCCGACAGGCGCGCAAGGAGGACAGGAAGCUGCAGCGGGAGAGGCUGGACGACGUAGCCCCGCGCGCGGAGGCGGGGACGCGGGAGCGGCAGCUUGAGAAGAGGGCGGCCGUUAACGAGAAGAUGAAGGAGUUUCGCGAGAAAGGGCUGGGUGGAGAUGGAGGGCCGGCGGAGGUGGGCGAGCAGGAGCUCAUGGGUGGCGGGGAUAGCUUUGCCGAGUUGAAGGCUAUGAAGGCGAGGGAGGAGAGGAAGAAGACGGAGCGGGAGGUGAGGAGGGAGGAGAUUGCGCGGGCGAGGGCUGUUGAGCGGGAGGAGAGGGUUAGGGAGUAUCGGGAGAGGGAGGAGGGGGUUAUGAAGGGGUUGAGGGAGUUGGCGAAGCAGAGGUUUGGGUGA